CUUUACCUCACAGCCGUGCUGACCUGUUUGACCUGAGCAAAGACCAAGAGAUGAACCUUGCCUACAUCUCUUCUGUUCCGCAUGGCGGCAUUGAACAAGUCCGAAUUCACUGGUUACUGGAAUUAGUUGCUCUCAGAGUGUUCAAUGGGAAGCUUCACUACAAUUUUACUGCCUUGGAUAACCUUAUGGAUCGCCUGUGGGAAAAUAAGCUAAUUCCAGGAUUUGAAUUGAUGGGGAAUCCAUCAGGAUAUUUUUUAGAUUUUGAAGAUAAAGAACAAGUAGUAAGAUGGAGAAACUUAAUUACACUUCUGGCCAACAGAUACAUAGCUAGAUAUGGAUUGGAGCAUGUUGCUAAAUGGAAUUUUGAAACAUGGAAUGAACCAGACCACCACGACUUCGACAACAUGUCUAUGACAGUGAAAGGGUUUCUCAACUAUUAUGAUGCUUGCUCAGAAGGAUUAAGAGCAGCCAGUCCCCUACUAAAAUUUGGAGGGCCUGGGGAUUCCUUCCACCCCUUACCCAAGUCACCCAUAUGCUGGAGUCUUCUGUGUCAUUGCUACAAUGGAACCAACUUCUUCACAGGGGAGACUGGUGUAAGGCUGGACUACAUCUCUCUCCAUAAGAAGGGAGGUGGGAGUUCUCUCUACAUCUUGCAACAAGAAGUAGAAGCAGUGGAACAAAUUCAGAAGCUGUUUCCAAAUUUUGCUUCUGUUGCCAUAUACAACGAUGAAGCAGAUCCAAUGGUUGGAUGGUCCAUUCCACAACUGUGGCGAGCUGAUGUGACGUAUGCAGCUAUGGUUGUAAAGGUAAUCAUCCAGCAUCAAAACCUGCUCAUUUCCAAAGCCAACAACACCAUCAACUACACACUGCUGAGUAAUGACAAUGCCUUCUUGAGCUACUACCCCCAUUACUUCACACAGCGGACUCUGACAGCACGUUUUCAGAUGAACAAUACAAAGCCACCUCAUGUCCAGAUGGUGCGGAAACCAGUGCUGACUGUCAUGGGCUUGCUGGCACUGCUAGGAGAAAAGCAGAUUUUCACAGAAGUGAACAGCAGUGAAGGUGAAAGCACUCAAAACAGCACAAUUGGUGUCCUGGCAUCUGUGCACACCCCUAGUGAGAUGCAGCCCUCAGACAGUUGGCAAGUUACUCUACUGAUGUAUUCAAGUGUGGAUAACAGGACGUCAUCCAACAUCACCACCGUCACAGUGAACACCACCCACGUCCCCAAACUUAGAGAGCUGGUGUAUGUGACAUAUUACCUGGAUAACAACCAAACCAAUCCCUACCUGAAGUGGAAAAAGCUAGGAAGCCCUGACUUUCCUUCCCCAGAACAGUUCCAGCAAAUAAGGGAUGCUGAGGACCCAGUGGCAACAGGCCCAUUCCCAUUUCCUGAAGGUGGCAUCCUGACACUGAAGCAAGACUUCCCCAUUCCCUCAGUCUUUCUUAUCCACAUUUGUGCAAGACCCAGAUCUGUUCCUGAUCAAGUGACUGGUGUUCGUUUGAUUCCUCUCACAAAGGGGCAGGUCAUUGUGUUGUGGGACGAUAGCUGUGUAAAUUCAAAAUGUAUAAAGACAUUUGAAGUGGAGUUCUCACCAGAUGGAAAAGCAUACCGGCGGAUUAAUGCCAAAGACACAAUAUUCACUGUCUGGGUCUACAGUCCAGGAAGCUCAGUCUCCGGCUUUUACAGAGUGCGUGCCAUUGACUACUGGGGGAAGGCAGGCCUGUCCUCUCUUCCUGUGGAGUACGUUGAAGCUUUCAAGUGACUCUGAAGAGUGGUGCCUGGCUUGGUGACUGAGCGGUGUAUGCUCCCUUCAAAUGACAACUCCCCAGAAAAAUAAGCUCCUCCCAGGCUGAGGAGGGAGUAUCAAAAUGACCUGAUGAAGCAGGCUAGGAAUGCAAGUUAGAAGCUACUGCCCCUGUUAACUCUUCAGAGCAAAAAAGGCAGCAUUAUCAAACAGCCACAACUGACAACCCAACUGGUACAAUUGUAAGAGGCUGCUGUAGGGCUGGGAUUCAGCUUGGUAACUAGGAAUUAUGGGAAUAAAUGUUUAUUAUUGCCUAUUUUACACUGAGCUAAUAGCCAGGAUAACCAGAGCUUUAUAGAGGUCACAAACUGCAGCAGAAACAGGAGCAUCGCUUCACCUUAUGAGUGAGGAUGGCAGCAAAGGCACAAGGAGAACCUGUCAGAGAGUGAACUGCCUGCCUCAGCUGCCUGGCUGUCUUGACAUAAUGGUUUGAUGGAAAAGUGCACAGCAACCAGAUGCGUCUGGAGCUUCUCCACUGGUUAGUCACACGUGCUCCAGUGGGUUAUUUCAGAGCACUUGCUAUGUCUUCAGAUAUAUGAAGUUCUUCACCCCAUCGCAGAAGG